AUGAAUGAUAAGUGCAUCCAGGGGUUCGUCUUCAAAGUGUCACGCGAGGUUUUCCGAAUUUUCCGGGUGGGCACAGCCCUAGCGCGUCGCUGGCGCGUAGCAGGCUGGCCACGAGUUGGUAAGAUUAGCGCGGGAGGCUGCAAGAACAGGUCCGGCGCACGCGCGGGGCAGAGUCGCGCCGCGGCCGGCGACUCAGCCGACCGGCCACGGCUCAGUCACCAAUCAUCGUCGGGAUUUCAUUUGUCGCUGCUUGAGGUGUUGCCGCUGAGUUUGCCGGUGCGAGGGUGUGAUGCAAGGGUGGUGGAAGGGUCCGCGCAGGCGCCGGUAGCGACGAUGCGGAGUCCGCGCGCCGCACGGCCACUCGUUUGGUUUCUUCUACUCGCCAUACUGGCAGUGACAGACGCAUCUAGUGUAAUAAAGGGUCAUAGAGCACCGUGCUCCAACGAAGGAGAGCCGGUUCGACUCCAAGACGCACGACUUGAACACGACUGGAGUAGCUGUUUCCGCUGCAUCUGUAAGAACGGUUUCGUGGAGUGCCGAAAAGGAGUCGAAGAGUGUGGUCCCAUGGAGGACUGUGCGGUAGUAAUGCCGCGGGAGGGGUGUUGCGCUCGCUGCAAGGGUUGCUGGUACAACGGCACCGACUACGCGUCCCACACCGAAUGGGGGGAUAGCGGGAAGGUGUACCGCUGCGAAGCUGGAGUAGUCACUAUCUCGCGACCUGAAUGCUAUGCGCCGUGUGAUAACCCGAAACAUCAACGACACUACAAUUGUCCUGUUUGCGACGAAUGUGUAAUUAACGGCCAGAGAGUAUGGGAAGGUCGCGACAUCCGUAUAACUGAGGAGCCGUGUCUUUCGUGCCGUUGCGUCCGUGGAUCUUUGUCCUGUACCAAGAGGGCGUGUCCAGUCCUUCCGUGUGUACUGGCGCAGCAGUUCACUCCGGUUGGCGAGUGCUGUCCACGUUGCUCUCAUCCUACAUCUGAUAAAAUUCUACCAAAUAUGAGGAGUUCACUACCAAAGCCCUGCAUAAUUGGUAAGGAGUAUCACGCACACUUGAGCCAAUUCCAGGUAGACCCGUGUACCGAUUGCACAUGCAUGAACGGGACUGCGGUUUGCGCACGCCACACCUGUCCUGUGUUAACAUGCGGAACGCGUGCGCUGCCGCCUCCACCUGGCAAGUGCUGCCCGGAGUGCCCAAAUAUCGAAGAAGCUAAAGCGGCUUGCAUAGUUGGCGGGAAAACAUACCAGGAAGGAGACACAUGGCAAUUGGACGCUUGCAAGUCUUGCGAAUGUCAUGGAGGAGAACCAAGAUGCGCCAUGGAGCGAUGCCCGGUCCUCUCCUGUCCCCCAGAUCAAACUCUUAGGCAACCUCCCGGCCAGUGCUGCCCUAAAUGUGUCGACAUUGACGGAAUAUGUACCGUUUUCGGUGACCCACAUUACAAGACUUUCGACGGCAAGUUCUAUAGUUUCCAGGGAUCGUGUAAAUAUCAGCUAGUGUCUGACUGCAAGAAUCAUACGUUUUCAAUAAGAAUAUCAAAUGACGCCAGAAAUACCUCACAUUCCUCUUGGACUCGCACUGCCACUCUACGAAUUGGCGCUACUAAAAUUAAUAUGGGAAGAAAAAUGCGGAUUAAAGUGAACGGUCAGAGGAUAACGCUUCCUUAUACCAUAAAGGGAGUUGCAGAAAUUAAUCGUAGCAAUGGAUCUGUGGUAUUGAAGUCUGAAAUAGGCUUACAGAUGGUGUGGGACGGGGAUGGCUUUUUGGAAGUGACAGUAUCUAGUUCGUAUAAGGGACAGCUGUGUGGCUUGUGUGGAAAUUUCAAUUCCGUCGCCAGAGAUGACAUGAGGACUCGCGACGGCAGGUUGAUUAACGACACUUGGAGGUUUGGCACCUCGUGGCGAGUGGGAGGUCAUCGCGCUUGUACGCGACGCCAAGAGAGACCCGGCAUGAACACCCGCUGCAGAGCGUCGAAACUGACUAAAGUACGUCGUCUGUGUCGGGCCUUCGAGCGUCACGAAGCUUUUGCUGAAUGUGGGGCGAAAGUUAAUCCGCAUAAUUAUAAGGAAGCGUGCCUAUUAGAUGCGUGCAGUUGUACAGGUGUUCGGUGCCACUGCGCUGCAUACCGAGCGUACGCGAGAGAAUGCUCACGUAUUGGGGCUGAGCCCCAUAAUUGGUUGCAGGCAGCGUGGUGCGAUCCGGCCGGGCCUCAGCCGGCUUGGCUAUUCCGCGGUAGGAAGGGCUUCGGCCGCACUGUUAAGACGAAAGAGGCCAGAUUACCAGAUUUGACGGCGAUACCAAAACGAAAUAAUAGUCGAGCACGCCCACCACCACUGCAUUAA